GCAAAGUUUGGAGCGAAGGAUGGCGGAAGAUCAGGAGCAGAUAUGGAGAAACGAUAAUCGUGAAUGCUCACAGUGUGAGCAAGCUGAAACACGCAAAGAAAUGGCUAGAGGAAGGAACUACGGUGACAUUCCGGAAAAUCUUGCUGGCUAAGACCACUACGGAGGUGAAUAAGUGCUUCCUAUGCAAGCUACUACCGUACGAAAGCCGAGGUCGACCACCUCUUUGUCGUCUCUGACCACGAAUAAGCUUAUCGGUCUAUACCGAACGGCAGGGCUGUUCGUGGAAAAGAAGACAAAGACGUUUUUGAGACUAAAGAUCGAUAACGCAGUUAGACGGAAGAUGGGAGUGAGUAUCAGGAAGCGGAUCAUCGUGAAGCUAAAGUAUGACACACGAAUCAAGAAGAGCAGCCUACGCAGAGCCACCGAAGAGAUCAUUGAGAGGAAGAUUAGUGAUAAGUCCGUAGCCACGUUCGUGAAGACUAGGAUCAGACUAGUCUGGUGCAGGAACAAGACGGUUGGGGAACUCCUACACAACCAAAAGAUAUACGCGAUAGAGACGGAGCAUGUUUGCCAGUGUGCAGACCGGAAGCUGCCGAAGAUGGAAGGGCACGUCAUGACGAGAUUUGUUGAACUGGAAUCGAUACCAAGUUUCAUCAAGAAUUCUCGGAAGGUGACAAGAUCGUACAAAGCCAUUGACUUGCAGACACUGAAGCGAGCCAUCAUGGUGGCUACGAACCAUUUGAAGGGGUUGACAACACCAGUAACUCUGCUUGCCGAUGCCAUUAACCAGGAGAGGAGGGACAAUGCAGCUUGGACUAAGAAGGAAGUGAAUGACUGGAAGAUGAGGUUUGACAGACUGGUGCUCGCGCCGAUAGACAGUAACCAGGGAGACACAACAGUGAUCUGCCCAAUCUUGUAUCGACACGCAUUCGGGAAGACUUUCCUGUGGAACGAGAAUUACGAGGCAAUGGGGGCACUGGAGGACGAAGUAGAAUUGCUAUGGGGAUGCAAGGAGGAGUUUGCAAAUCUCAAGCUCGAUAGAUUGGGAGGAUGGAAACCGGAUGGGAGCCUUGGUAUCACAUAUGUGAUACCGAAGCACAAGGAUCUGGACAGGUGGAGGCCAAUAGCACCUGCACCAUCCGACCCAGGGGCUCUCGCACAAAGAAGGCGGGACGAGGAGUGGGAGGAGCGGGAGGAGGGAUGGGAAAAGGAGCGGGAAAAGGAGGAGUGGGAGGAGGAGCAGCAGCAAGUGCGGGAGAAGGAGUGGGAGGGGAAAUGCGAAGGGGCGGAGGAGCCGCGGCAGGAGGAAUUGGAGAAGGAGGAGCGGCAGGCGAAACGGGAAGGGGUGGAGGAGGAAAAGCGGGAGGAGCACAAACACGAGCGCGAGGAGCGGCAGGAGGAACGGGGGAAAGAGCAGGGGAAGCAGCGGGAGGAGAAGCAGCAGGGGCGAGAGCGGGAGAAGGAGGAGGAGGAGGAGAGGGAGGAGCUGCAGGAGAACGAGCGGGAGCGGGGCUAUGGCGGGAUCUUUGUCAUGUUGUUUGGCGGAGGAGGAGCGGGAGGGGGAGGAGGAGGAGGAGUGCCUUUUUUCACAAUCAAACAUAAAUGAUCUUUUUUUCAAUCGCGCGCGCUUGCACCACCACGCCUCUCAUCGUUACGGCAUCGCCGCAGCGGGUCCACUUGUUUUCAGUUAAUAUUUGCUAGCACUUGAAUUUACUAAACUGUUUGAUGACUGGUUACUUUUUUUUUUUUUUUUUUUGCCUGUCUAUGUUUUCAUAAUACUGUGUUAUUUUUCCAGCAGUUAUGUAUGUUGUGAACUGCAAUGCACGGACGUGUCACACAAAAUGCCAUGACUUCUCCUGCAAUGUGCGUUGGGUCAACGAGAUUGCCUUAAUUUUAUGUGUUUUUUUUUACAUUAUCCUUCUUUUUCAUUGAGAAAAUAAAUUGUGCCCUUUCUG